AUGAGUGAUGAAGAGAAUUAUGAUGUCGAGGGGAAGCGUGUGAUUGGCGGUCCCUUCCCUGAGGAUGAGGAUAAGCCAUUCGAUGCAAAGGAUUUGGAACCCUUUGGCAAUGAAGAGACUGCUGAGGUCAAGUAUCGGACUAUGAAAUGGUGGCACUGCGGCAUGCUCAUGAUUGCUGAGAAUGUCUCUGUGGGUAUUCUGUCGCUGCCUUCUGCUGUGGCCACGCUUGGAAUGGGACCUGCUGCUGUCAUGAUUAUCUUCAUUUCUGCCCUGUCUUGGUACACUGGCUAUGAAAUUGGACAAUUUAAGCUCCGCCACCCUCACAUUCACAGUAUGGGUGAUGCCGGCGAGCUCUUGAUGGGCCGCUUUGGCCGUGAGUUGCUGGGAAUUGGCCAGCUGCUGCUCCUGAUUUUCCUCAUGGCGAGUAACAUUCUCACCUUUAACAUCUUGAUGAAUGUUCUCACAAACCACGGCACUUGCACCUUGGUCUUCGGUGUCGUCGGUCUGAUCAUCUGUUUCCUCGGAGCCUUGCCCCGUACUAUGGACAAAGUCUACGUCAUGUCCGUUGUUUCCUUUUUGAGUGUCUUUGUGGCCACUGUUGUGACCAUGGUCGCCGCCGGUGUUGAGAGCAAGGGCCACAUCAAAAUCCAUGCCACUACAGAUGUUAGCUUCCAGGAGGGAUUCUUGGCUGUGACCAACAUUAUUUUCGCCUACCUCGCUCACGUCGCAUACUUCGGCUUCAUGUCCGAGACUGAGGAUCCUCGGACUUUCAACAAAUCUCUUGCAAUGCUCCAGAUUAUUGACACCAUUCUCUACCUCGUCAGCGCUCUGCUUAUUUACCGCUACAUUGGACCUGAUGUUGAGUCACCUGCUAUCUCGUCUCUGAAUCCCUUGAUGGCCAAGAUUGCAUGGGGUCUUGCUAUCCCCACUACUAUUCUUUCCGGUGUUGUUUUGGGCCACGUCGCAUGCAAGUACAUUUACGUCCGCAUUUUCCGUGGCUCCGACGAGAUGCACAAGCGCAGCUUCCUUUCCAUCGGAACCUGGGUUGCUCUUUGUUUCGGAACGUGGGCCAUUGCCUGGGUAGUUGCGGAGUCAAUCCCUGUAUUCAACGACCUUCUGAGUCUUAUCAGUGCACUAUUCGGCAGUUGGUUCAGCUUUGGUCUCCCUGCCGUCUUCUGGUUCCACAUGAAUAAGGGUCAGUACUUCAAGAACUGGAAGAAGACAUGCCUGACCAUACUCAAUGUUGGUGUCUUUGGCUGUGCCUUGGCUAUCUGCGCAUUGGGUCUUUGGGUUUCCGGCGUCACUAUUCACAACGAUACUAGCGGCUCUAGCUGGUCGUGUGCUAAUGACGCGUAA